UGGAUGUAGAAAUGGAAGUCAUCAACACUUUACUGUUUCAAACUGUGUUCCAUUUGUUUGUCCUGUAAGCUUUUGUUUUUUCCGCGUCACGAUGCUUCCCGCAGCGGCAGUUUUCCAUUUCCCCUGGGAAGUAAACUCUGGAGCAGUGCAGGAAGGAGAAUCAGUGAGAGUUUUUGGCAGACUUGACUGCUAUCAGCCUGAGGAGUCCAGGGCUACGCUGUCAGCUCAGCAUGCUUCAAAGGAGUACCAUGUGGUCAUCCACACCUUGUUUGUGGAGCCCUUUAACCCAAUAAUUGGAGCCCAGUACAUAGUUUUGGGUGAGAUAGAAAAUGCUGAAGAGGUUGGUGUGAUGGUCCGCGCCCGUGUGCUGAACUGUGUUGAUGGAGUAAACGUUGCCCUUCUACAAAAGGCCAUCAAUGAGCAAAGGAGCUUCUUCAGGGAGAGGGAGCGCAAACACUAUGAUUCAGCACAAUCUGCACAUGCACCCUAAUUGGGUCUUCAUUCAUCAAGCUUCCCAGGGUCACCUUGUUGAGUAUGUGGGCUACAGCGCUGCCUUAAGCUGUUUGCCAAGGAGCUCUGAAGUGAUGUUGUGCGAGCCUAAGUGAACUUCACAGCUGCUUGGUUAAGUGUGAAAAUGUCUAUAUCCCCAUCUUGUCAAACUCCGACCAUAACAGUUUUCUGCACUUCUUGAAUUGUUUAUUCACUGUUUUGGGUCCAUUGCUUAUGACCAUGGUGCAUUGUUUUUAGCUGUGUCUCUCAGUGUUGAGACAUCUGAUUAUAAUAUCCAUUUUAUACAGUGGGAGUUACCAGCCUUAACAUUUAUGAUGUAACUUUGUGGUCUGAUCUUUCAGAAAUGCCUUAAAAAUGGUUAGAAUAGAUAUCUCAUGUGUGAGUCAUGUAAUAAUGGAUAUAUUCCACUCACAUUAAACUGGCAAAGGUUUAAAAUUGUAUACUGGAGUAUAACUUCUAAACACUGUAAUUUACACUAAUAAGACAGUUGAAAAGAUAUCUAUUUUGUUAUGUAUUUGAUACAUUGUAGCAGCUGGGUAUAGUUUGGGCUAUUCCAUCAAUCAGGAUUUGCACUGAAGCUCCUCUGGCAGAAUUAAUAUCAUUGAACAGUCAAUUUUUAACCAUAUUAAUUAUUGUUAUGUAUUUAUUUUUUUCUAUACAAAUGCUAUGACAAAAAUAAAGCACUAUU